CACUCUCUCAGGGAGUUGGUUUUCACUUCCUGUGCUCGCCGAGCCUUUGUCUCCGCUGGACGCAGCUGAAGGCGCAGCCGAGGGGUGAAGGCACGGCGGGGCGGCGGGGACACCCCGCUCCCGGCAGCAGCUUCAGGCAGAGCGCCCAGGUGGGGUUGAGAGCACAUGCCUGGGGGCGAGGUGCAGGGUCAGGACACCUCGGGGCGAGCCGGAAUCCCGAGCGUAGCCUCGGCCGAGCCGCUUGCCCCGGGUUGGCAUGCACUUGAACAUUGUCCCUCUUACCUUCAUAUGUCUUCUCCCUUCCUUUAGGAAAGGACUGAAGUCUUAAAACAGUGAGAAUCGGGGCGCCAAGAUGGCCAGAAGGAGCCCGGGUCCAUGGUUUGUACCCUGGCUCUGCUUGGUGCUGGUGUCGGACUUGAGCGGAGGACAGAAGGAAAAACCCUUCGGCGAAAUGUGCCUGGAGGACUUUACGGCAGGGCUGCCGGACUGGGUGCUGGACACGGACGCCUCCGUCCAGAACGGAGCCACCUUCUUGUCGUCCCCCAUGGUGCAUCGGAGCAGGGACUGCAUGAGAGCCUGCUGUAAGGACCCCGCUUGUAACCUGGCUCUCGUGGAGCGGGGCCCGGGCUCGGAGGAAGACCGCAUCCAGGGCUGCUUUCUCCUCAAUUGCCUCUAUGAGAAGGCUUUCGUUUGCAGGUUUGCCAGGAAAAUCGGCUUUCUCAACUUCUUGAAGAAGGACGUGUAUGAUUCCUACCUGGCAAUGCAGAAUCACAGACCUAGUGAUGACCACCCUCCAAUAGCUCGCGCUGCUAAGGACAUGAGGGUACAGCCAGGGGAGCCAGUGAUGCUGAGAGGCACAGAGAGCACGGAUGACCAUGGGAUAGUCAGCUAUGAAUGGAAACAGAUCCUUGGCGACCCCUCUGCAGAGAUGAAGAAGCAUGAAGAAGACCAGGUAGAAAUCUCCAACCUCCAGGUGGGGACUUACGUCUUCCAGCUCAUUGUCACAGACACUGCACAGCAGCAAGACUUUACCAACAUCACCAUCAUGGUGCUGAGCUCUGAGCAGACAGAAGAGCAUUGUUUGACUCCAAAGAAGGUGGGUUGGUGUCGGGGAUCUUUUCCACGCUGGUUUUACAACCCGAGCCUUCAGCAGUGUGAGGAGUUCAUUUUUGGUGGCUGCAAGCCCAACAAGAAUAACUACUUACGGGAAGAAGAGUGUGCACUUGCCUGCAAAAAUGUCAGAGGUUCUGUUGGUGGGCGACAACAGCCAGUAUGCAAUGGGAACUGUCAGGCCCCCUUCUUCAGAUGCAAGGAUGGUUGCUGCAUCGAUGCCUAUCUGGAGUGUGAUGAAACUCCCGACUGUGCUGAUGAAUCUGAUGAGUUGUACUGUGAGCAAUAUGCUCAUGAGUUCAAUAGACUGCAGAAAAUCAAUGUUACACAUAAGCAAGGCCACUGUGUGGACUUGCCUGAUACUGGACAGUGCACUGAGAGCAUCUCCCGCUGGUACUAUAACCCAUUCCUGGAGAAAUGUGACCCCUUCACCUACGGGGGCUGUGGUGGCAACAGCAACAACUUUGAACAAGAGGAAGAGUGCAUGAAAUCAUGUUCAGGCAUCACAAAAGCAGAUGUAAUUGGCCGAAGAUGGGAAUCAUUUGAGUCCCAAACUGCUAUGUUAAGUGCCUUUGAGGUAGUGAUUGCUGUGCUCCUCGGGAUCUGCAUCAUGGUGGUCCUGGUGUUCAUUGGCUAUUUCUUCCUGAAGAAAAGGAAGAAGAGCAGCCACCGCCAUCAGCCUCCCACUGCUACCAACUCAACCCUCUCUACCACAGAGGACACUGAGCGUCUGUUCUACAGCAGUGCCACCAAACCAGUCUGACCUACAGCCUCUCUCCCCAGUUCACCACUGGGGCACUCCCCAGAAUUUCUGGAGUUCUGCUUUUAGACACAGGUUUGUGCCUGAAGGACUCGUUUUCUGUGAAGACAUUUGGAGCGUCAGGCCAAGAUUUAACUGUGAUUUGGCAGUACUAGUAUUUGUGAUUGUCUAGGCUAAAUGGCUGCUCUGGAAAGUGAGGAACUGGGAGCAUUUUAUUGCUCUCUGACAUCCACCAGUUCCUAACCUCAAACAACCUAGUGAAAUUCUGAAUUAUGUCUUUCUUCCUGCUCAAAUCUGGGGCACAACUUUGCUCAGCUUCCUGAAGGAACCUGGAACUGGAUCUGUGUAGCAUUCAUGUUGGUGAAUGGUGCAAGCUCACCAGAGCCAGCAAUUUAUUUUCAGUGUCACUUUCUGCCACUUAACUUUGUAUUUUCCUCCCCUUCUGGAAGGUGCUCUGCCUUUUAGCAGUCUGCCUGGUUGUGGUGCAUCCCUCAAGAUCUGUGGGAUUCACAUAAUCAUUCAGACCUGAUCCAAGGGCUCUCUGACACUGUCUGGCAGUUCCUGUUUUCAACAUGGAUGGAAACAGAAAUACCUCCUUAAGUCACUAAGCUUUGUUUUUUAACAGAAAAGCACAUCUAGAUGUUUUGCUGGCUGGCUGCUGUGUUUCAGUCUCCUGUGUACAGUACAUGUUCAUCAUUUUUCUCUCAGUGAGUUGCCCUGGUUGCUUUCCCAGUGUUCAGGCUGAACCCAAACACAUUGAGAAAAUAUCUAUUUAUUCUCACAUGAAGUAAAUGUCUGUACUUUUCCUGCUGAUUGUGCAGAAAAGCUACAGCUCUGAUUUUACUGCAUUUUCCUCUGAGCACACUGCCUGACCUGACUCCCUGGCAUCUCCCAGUGCACAGGAGUGGGCUGGAUACCACCAGCUAAUAUCCACAGGCUCCCUUGCUCCUGCUGGCUUGUCCCUCCUGAUGAAAGAUGAGCCCAGACCAGCUCUGGGAGGUCCAAAGCUCAUCUCUGACCCCAAGGCAGCAUGUG